GAGAGAGAGAGACUCACACAUUGAGUGAGUGGGGAGACAGACUGAGAGUAGCCUACGCCAGACUGAGCAGACAAGGCAUAUUUUGAGCUCACAUUAGGAGUGCGUAAAACCGCAGGAGCGCAAAGAAACACGGUACCCGUUGAUUGUUCGUUGGAUAAUACGAGUUUUGAGCCUUGGAGUUGUCGACUUUAAUUGCGUCCGCUUACAGGAACAGCCCCUGUGAAUUCAGCAGCCGUCAGUUUUCUGAAUGGACGCGCUGGGAAGCUUCUCCGGUGACAUGGAAAUUCGCGUUAUUGAGCGUGUAGCCGGAUGCUGAGGACGCCCGAUCCGAUAAGUCAAUUUUACCUUUCAUUUUGAGUUUUGAACUCCCUUAUCCACCCGGCGGCAACAUGGAGGGCACGAGCUUUCAGCCCCAUCCCGGACUUCAACAAACUCUGAAGCAGUUUCAUCUGAGUUCCAUGCGCUCUCUCGGCGGACCGGCGGCUUUCUCCGCUCGGUGGCACCAGGACUCGUUUUUCGGUAAAGAUGGGAAAUCCGUCGAGAUGAUGCUCACCCUCCCGACUCAGACACCUCCGGUAAUGUCCGGUCCACUUUUCAUCCCGUCCGACCGAUCCACGGAGAGGUGUGAGACGGUCCUGGAGUGGGAGCCCAUCUCCUGCUUCGUGGUCGGCGGUGAGAAGCGACUGUGCUUGCCGCAGAUCCUCAACAGCGUCCUGAGAGAUUUCUCCCUCCAGCAGAUCAACUCGGUGUGCGACGACCUGCACAUCUACUGCUCCAGGUGCACGGCGGACCAGCUGGAGAUCCUAAAAGUGGUGGGUAUCCUGCCCUUCUCGGCUCCGUCCUGCGGGCUGAUCACUCAGACGGAUGCUGAGCGCCUCUGCAACGCGCUCAUCUACGGCGGUACUUACCCUCCUCACUGCAACAAGGAGUUGGGCUCCCUGGAGUUAGAGCGAACCGAGAAGAGCUUCAAAGUCUAUCAUGAGUGUUUCGGCCGGUGUAAUGGCGUGUUUGUUCCGGAGCUGUACACCGGACCGAGCGCCGCCUGCAUCCAGUGCAUGGAUUGCAGACUCAUGUUCCCUCCCCACAAGUUUGUAGUCCACAGUCACAAGAGACUCGAGAACCGGACAGUCCACUGGGGGUUUGACUCCGCCAACUGGCGGGCUUAUGUGCUCUUAGACCCGGACUACACCGGAAAAGAGGAGAAGAGUCACCUGGAGCAGCUGCUCAAAGAGUUAAAAGGAACAUAUGAUCUGUCGUGCAAGAGGUCCAGUAAAUCGUGCAGAGCUCUCAGCCCCGUCCCAGCCAAGAGGUCAAAAUUUGACAAAUUACAAUCUCCAUCAGCUGACAAAGACAGGAAACCCGACUGGCUACAAUCGCUGUCAAAGUCUGCACACAAGGAUCUGAAACAAGUCCAACUGAAACAAAGGCCCUCUGCUUUCCGCCCCUGGUCUCCUAAAGCAACAGAAAAAGAGAAACCAGGCACUCAGAAUGAUGUGGAGAGGUCCUACUCAAAGAGCCACGAGACUUUGGUGGAGCCCAAUCUGACACCAGCUCCCUUGGCCCCUCCGGUCCCAUUGCAUAAUGGAGACACACAACCUGCACUAAAACCGCCCCCCUCCAGUACCGCCAACCAACACAAAGAAGACAUGGACACAGACGGAGAGAUUGAUGUGGACGACUGUGACGAUCGUCCGGUGCCAGCUUCUUCCCUGGCUUGUCUUCCUUCGGCCUGCACCAAGGUUCCUCAGACCCUGACCCCUCAGAGUGUUGCUCGACCUCAGGAGGGACCCGACUGGCUGCCGGGGACCGUUUGCCCAGAGAUGGACACUUUGAGACAGAUGCUGUAUGGAGGUGCAGACACCAAAGAUGCACGGGAAAAACUGCUGCAGGAGAUUGUCAAGUUGAGAGUGAAGCAGGAGGAGAAGCUGGCAGCUGCUAUGCAAGCUAAACGCAGCCUUCAGCAGGAAUUGGAGUUUGUGAGGGUGGCAAAGAAAGGCCGCCUUCUUGAGGCCAUCGAAGCCAAGCGCAAUCUGAGAAAGGAGAUUGAGCGCCUUCGCGUCGACUGGGAGAGGAAGAUGAGGGAAGCGGAGGAGUCCUGUGGGCGGCUGAAGAGAGAGUUGGAGAGGGAAAGACAGCUGCGAGUCUGUGACAAAGGCUGUGAGGCCGAACGUCUCCGAGUCAAGUAUUCCACUCAGAUCGAAGAGCUGCAUUUGCAGCUGCAGCAGGCAGAAGCGGAUCGUGAGCAGCUGAGACAAGAGCUUCAGCAGGAGAGAGAAGCUCGGCAGAGCCUGGAGAGCAUUGUUAAAGACCUUCAAAGCCAGCUGGCCCUGCAGGCCGACAGAAGCCCUCCUGGGGACCCCAAGGAUGCAAACACAGACACACACAGACAGAACACACAACACACCAACGGAUCCUAAAGUUGCACAUUCAGAACUGGAGAAAGAGACUCGGUAAAAAGGAGCAUGGUUCAGGACUUUGUUGCACCUCCGAUAUGGGAAAAGAAACUCAGCAAAAUGCAACGUCUGUUUUGGAGAGGAAAAAUCUGUCAUAUAUAAUAUGAUAUGAUAUAAAUCAAUAUUAUUAUGACAAUAUAUUAAUUUUAUGAAAUGAACUGGAAAGUAGCAUGAUGUCUGAGCAUGUUGUAAAGCGUGAAAUUGAGAAAGACUUCUUCAGUGAUGACCACAUCUCUCCAGUGACGUCAGAGACACCUGGCGCUGUCCAUGGAUUUUAUUUUGGUAUAAGCUAUUCUAAGAUGUGCAAAUAUAGCCACAUAACACUACUUGAAUAUGAAGGGAAGAAACAAGUUGAGUGGUUGAUGAAACUCUUGGUGCCACAACACAUUGGUACACUCAAAGGUGUCAUUGUAGACCACUGGAAACAAGAGACACCAGUUUACCACUAUUUACUUUUAUUAUCGGCUUGCUUUUUAUAACUGUAGAGGAUGUACUUUUUAAGAAAUAUUGCUUGCGCAGCACUGUUAUUCCACAGGCAAGAAAAAAACAUCAAUAUACAAACAUGUACGCAUGUAUACGAGCUUGUCUACCUUUUGUAUUUUAUAAACCUGAAGUAUUGGAGGUUAGGUGGGCUUCCUUCAGGUCCACCACUGUGUUAUGCUUAGACAUUUUAUGGAAGUGUUACUUUUUAAUAUUAUAAUGCAACUUUAUUUGUUGUUUGAACAUUGUUUUCAAGUACUUUUUUGCAACCAAACCACAUGAUAAAUAGUAAAUAUUCUUGCCCACAGUAGUGCAGAUAAGUCUACAAAUGCCCUCCUAAAAGAAAAACUUCAAUAGAUGUCUGUUUUUGUUGAAAUGCGGUACUUCUGAUUUUCUAUUGAGUAUUGUAAGAUAAUUUAUAUUCUAUAAUAAUUUGCUGCCUAUCAACAGAAAGCAUUACUUUUUAGUCACUGGUUUUAGGGCUCUUUAAUCAACAAAUGCUGUUUAUAUGAACAACAUUUCUACAUAUAUACAAAAUAUGGAUAUAUAUUUUUUUACUUUAAGAAAAGGAAUUGCACUUUUUAAAGAAAAGAACCAUGCGUUGUGCAUCGUACUCCCUGUUACAUUUUUCCAAACACGAGUUAACAUGAACUUUGAAUUUAAACACUCUUUCCCUCAGUAUCCUCUGAUGUAAAUACAAUGAUAUUGUAAAUAAGAUAUUUGUCCGUAUGUUUGCUCGUUCCAGACUUAAAUUGAUUAUGAAUAUUAUUUUUUGCUCUUACUUGAAACCAAAAAGAGACUAUAUUUGGAUUUGUAAAACUGCAAUUUUGUUGUAACCCUGAGUAUCAAUGCAAUCACAGGGCAUUUAGCAGAAUGGAUGGACCUGUUGGUUUAAACAAAGAGAAUGAAACCAUUAAAGGUCGUGAACCUGUCAAGAGAUCUUCAAGGUUUGACACACCAACAGAAUAUUAUAAUUUGUCCCUUGAUUUUGUCAUUUGAGAAGAUCUUUAUUAUUUGAAGAACUAUAGAGUAUAUAUUACACCACAGACCAAAAACUGAAAAAUGGAUUUGAAAUCUGCACCUCCAGCUCCCUCGUCAGAUAGAAGCAACAACUUCUAUUGGUUUCAUCCUUAGGUGCUCUCAUAUAUUUUAGACAAGAAACACUUUUAUGUCUUAUCAUUACUUAUGAUACACUCGCUCAGUAUUUGUUGGGUACAGUGUAAUAACAAUAUCCAUUUUUUUAGCUGAUGCUGUUGUAGUUUUCGGUUUGGAAGUGGGGUUUCACUUGCCUCUUGGUUAAAUGUUUUAUUUUCCUUCGGAAAACUUGUAUAAUACCCAUUAAAAUCUAAAUCAAUCCUAUGGCCUGUUUAUUUAUUUUUGUACACAGUGUUUGUGCAUGAUUGUGUGUGUGGAUUAAUCUUUCUAUUUGUAUCUCUAGGGAAGGCAAUUUUGGCAACUGGGUCUACCACUUUAGUGUAGAUGAAUACAUGUCACUUGAUGGACUGUCAUAAAAUCUGUUACAGACAUUCAUGGUUCUCAGACAAUUUAUACGAAUAACUUGUCAUGAUCUGGAGUUUGUGUUAGUUUUGUGUCUUGUUUGGAAGUCCUUGUGUCGUCUGUCUCCCUGUGAUUGUCUGCCCUGGCCCUGAUUGUUUCCUUCUGUGAUUGCUGGCCCCGCCCUCAUUGUGUCCACCUGUGUCUCGUUCCCCGUUGUCCAAUCCUCUCACCUUGCCUGUGUAUGUAAACCCUGUUCGUCUCAUUCCCAGUGUGGCUUCGUACUGUUUGGUCCGUGUGUUUUGUCGUCCUGUUCUGGUUUCUUGGAGUAAAGAUUGUUUUUGUGCAAUAA